GAUAUCAAAUACUAUUAGUUUGGCAAACUUUUCAUCAUGAAGUUGUACGUAGAGCCGGGCGAUAGCUCCUCUCUGAAGUGUCUCGCUGUGGUUGCCGUUUGUGAUGUGCACAUGGAAGUGAUCGGUGUCCGGCAACGAGAGGCCGGUAAUGUUUUGCCUUACUUGGAACGAGCAACGUUUCCGAUCUUGGAGUACAAACCAGGAGAACUCUACUUGACAGCCAACCAUAUUUGCAUGCUCCUGUGGGACGUCUCUGGACGAAAACCAACUACACAAGAUGAAGAAUGGAGUUCAUGGGAAAAGAACAAGCUGCAGCUGGUUGUUUCUGGUCGUGAGGAUCGACUUCAAGAUUGUUUGUUGCAACUCGAUCAGCAACUGCAGACUCAGAGUUACUUGACUCAGGAUUCACUGUCUGUAGCUGAUCUAAUUGUAUGGAGUAGCUUGUAUGUUUUAUUGGAAGCUGACGUAUCUGUAUUUGGAGAUUGGGCAUUGAAGUAUUGCCAUUUGCACACAUGGUGGGAAGGCUUAUCGUCAGUUGAGACAUUACAGUUUGCAGUCAGAACCUUCAACUCUCUUAACGUCGGCUCACUAAAGUCACCAAGCCUCAGUGCAACUAGUUCAGAGGGAGACGUUACGUCUCAUGUGACUACUGAGGAUAUUGCUGCAGCUGUUACCGCAUGGAAUGCUGGGAUUGGUGACGUGCCAUUAGCAGCAGAGAGGAAACACCCCAUACUGCCAGUUAAGGGUAAACGAAAUAUUCUAAUAACAAGUGCUCUUCCAUACGUCAACAAUGUGCCUCACUUGGGUAACAUCAUUGGUUGUGUUCUAAGUGCAGACACUUUUUCAAGGUACUGUCGUCUUCGCAACUACAAUUCAUGUUAUAUAUGUGGAACUGAUGAGUAUGGAACAGCAACAGAGACGAAGGCUAUUGAGGAAGGUGUGACACCACAGCAGAUCUGUGAUAAAUAUUUCAGGAUUCACAAGACGAUAUACGAAUGGUUUAAUAUCGACUUUGAUUCGUUUGGUCGAACAACGACAGAAAUGCAGACACGCAUAGCACAAGACAUCUUCUGGCGACUUCAUGAACGUGACUAUCUCUUAAAAGAAUCUGUAGACCAACUACUGUGCAGCAAAUGUGACAGGUUUUUAGCCGAUCGAUUUGUGGAGGGAAUAUGUCCUUUGUGCGCUUAUGAAGAUGCACGUGGUGAUCAAUGUGAUAAAUGUGGGAAGCUGAUAAACGCAACCGAACUAAUAUCUCCUCGCUGCAAACUCUGCAGCAGUCAACCGGUCGUCAAGUCAUCAGAUCAUUUGUUUCUCAAUCUCACAAAGCUUGAUCCUGCAUUAAGACAAUGGUCAGAGAAAUCAAUCAGUGAAGGUCACUGGUCGGGAAAUGCUCGCUUCAUUACUCGAUCGUGGAUUCGUGAUGGCGUCAAGCCUCGAUGUAUUACACGUGAUCUGAAGUGGGGCACUCCAGUUCCUCUUGAAGGAUACAAGGAGAAAGUGUUCUAUGUUUGGUUUGAUGCACCGAUAGGGUAUCUUUCUAUUGCUGCUAAUUACACAGAUCAGUGGGAACAAUGGUGGAAAAAUCCACAAAAUGUGCAGUUGUAUCAGUUUAUGGCCAAAGACAACGUUCCAUUUCAUUCUGUGAUUUUUCCUUGCUCUCUGAUCGGUGCCGAUGACAACUACACAUUAGUCAAUCAUCUCAGUUCUACUGAGUAUUUGAACUAUGAAGAUGGUAAGUUUUCCAAGAGUAGAGGAAUUGGAGUGUUUGGCGAUGGUGCUAUGAAAACAGACAUUUCUGCAGAUGUUUGGCGUUUCUAUUUGCUUUACAUUCGACCAGAGAAGCAGGACAGUCAAUUUAGCUGGUCUGACUUUGUCCUCAAACACAACACUGACUUACUCAAUAAUCUUGGAAACUUUAUCAACAGAGCUUUGUCGUUUUGUCAGAAGUUCUUUGACAGCACGGUGCAGCCAAUGAAUCUAAAUGAUGUUGAUUGUAAUCUGGUGGCGCGCGUGAACUCUCAACUACAUUCAUAUUGUGACAACUUGGAACACGUCAGACUUCGUGACGGUCUGAGAAUCGUGCUGGCAAUAUCUCGUCUGGGAAACGGUUACAUUCAAGACAACAAACCAUGGGAGUUGGUCAAGGGAUCAGAUGAUGACAGAAGUCGUGCAGGAUGUGUGAUCGGAGUCGCUGUCAAUUUGUCGUGGUUGUUGGCUGUGUUGAUUGAGCCGUAUAUGCCAAGCAUUAGCCGAACAAUUCAGGAGCAACUGCAGGCACCACCUAGUAGGACAGUCAUUCCACCUCAUUUUGUUCCUUGUCUAGUUCCUGGACACAAAAUUGGCACACCAUCUCCUCUAUUCAAAAAGAUUGAACCAGAGCAUGCAGAAGAGCUGAAAUUAAAGUUUGGAGGAAAGCAGGUAACAUCACAGGCAACCAUAUCUGCAGCAAAUGCUGAAGAUGCCAAGAAAUUGGAAGCUGAAGUUGAAGCACAGGGCACAAAGGUUCGUCAACUGAAAGCCAAUAAAGCAGAUAAAGCAGCAAUCGAUGAUGAAGUCAAAAAAUUGCUAUCACUGAAACAAAGGCUAGCCAAAGCAAAAGGAGAGGAAACUCUAUCUUCUGGAGGCAAGAAAAGUCAAGGCAAGAAGGUCGGAGGGAAGAAAACUGCGACAAACAAGAAAACAAAUUAAUUUUACUAUUUCUUUUACUGGUUGAGAAUACUUCUCUAAGCGUUUGAUGUGUACAUUAAAUAUCUACACUAUGAGCUAUUCAUUCACUAGUAAACCGAUCCUGUCUCUCCUCAACGCUGCUGUCUCUUUCAUG